AUGACAUUGAAACCAAAAAUGAGAAUACUCCAGCCCUCCCUGGGAGGGAGGGAAUGGACAACAAGCACAUCUAAUUUUAACCCCGAAAGUAUAAAUCUUCCCCAACAAUGUUAUGUCUUCCUAGACCAUAACAACUACCCCGACAUAGGCUCACGUCGCGACCGAGCUCUAGAGCAUUUCCAAGUCCCUGCUUUUGUUGGCACUAAGACCUGUUUUGACCUGAAUGGCUUCUUUGGCAGCCAGGUAACCUAUGACGAGACCUCCUCCCAAAAGCGCAUGAUCGGACUUACAACAUGGUUCCGCGUCCUGUUCAAAAUGGUCCAAAAAGUCGAGGAAGCCCAUGACAACCUCCCCGAGUACGCCACCAGUGGCGAGAAAGGCUACAAUUGGUUUGAAACAACUAUUUUUACCCGAUGGGACUACCCAGACAAGCACCAGGUUUUAAUUGUCGACACACCUUCGGACUUCCCUGAGCAACUUAUUUGCCUUCUUCAAAAAGCGUCACUAUCGGGGCAAAUCAACUUUCACGAUCCCUUGGCAAUGCACACCAGUCUCAUCGAUCAGAUAAUCGUGUAUUCCGACAUCUCUGUCUGGCGGAUCCGAGACCCGGUCCGUCAAAUGGAGAAGAGUCGCAUGCGAACCGGCGCCAUCUUCAGUGAGGUCCACGAGAUGUCCCGUCACGCCAUCCAUUCCUCGGAAGUUCUUGAAGCGACCAUUGACACCCUCAAAGACUUGCAAAGAUGCCGAAUGAUGAUUCACGACUCUUUCCCAUCCCGGCCUCCUCCCAUGGCAGCAGCCACUUCUGCUUCCAGAGAGGCGACAACCCCAAUUUACUUGACACAAACUUACAAAGACCAGGCCAUCCAAUAUGCACAGUUCCAAAUCUCUCUACUCAAAAACUUGAAACUACGGGCCGACAGUAACAGGGAACGACUCAAGAAUGAGAUCAACACGGCCUUCAACAACCUCACCAUGCAAGACAACUCGGUCCUCAAGAGCAUAGCCCUUCUCACCAUGGUCUUCCUCCCAGCAACAUUCUUCUCCUCCCUCUUCAGCACAACCUUUUUCAACUACGGCGAUGACGGGGAGUGGCAGGUAUCGGGGAAAAUGUGGAUUUAUUGGGUCACCACCCUCCCGGCGACGAUCCUCAUUGUUAUUCUUUGGAGGGUGUGGCUCGGAAACAGUGAUGCUAUUGUUGCUGGUUGGAAACGAGUGAAGAAAUGGACAUUAGAAGAUCAGGGGUGGAAGGGGUUGUGGAGGGGGGCUGGGAACACGAAGGAGCAGAUGGUGAAGGAGGAGGGCACGGAGAUGGGUCAUGUUGUUGGUAAAAAUGUUCGUACUUUUUGA